AGGGCACGCACCGACUUUGAUCUCGCUGGGGUCGAACUUAGGCGGCAUGGCGGAGGCGGAUGGUGUCGGAUGAACCCGGACUCGGGACGACCGAAGAAAGUUGCACCACGACCUCCUGCGAGCCGAAAGCCGGAAGGCCGGAAGCCGCCCGGACCACGCCGGAUGUAGGCGGGACAACGCGGCUCUCGCGAGAACUCCGGCUCCGCCCAUGCCAGCGACGCCCUAGCCGCUGUUUUUCUUGUGUGCAGGCGCCCGAGGCUGACGGCUGGAGGUCCGGCCGUCGCGGUGAGCUGUGGCUGGGAAUCCGGAAGGGGGUUUCGGGGCAGUUCGCCCGGCAGGAGGCAGAGAAGAAGGGGCUGCUCCUGAGGUCCUGCGUCCUGCUGUUCCCACGCACCUUAUCGUGAGGGUCACCCUAGGGUCCCUGUCACCCAACCCCAGGACCUCGCCCCUCCGCUGAAGGGUCCAGGACCCCAGUACUCGGCGGCCGCGGCCUCUCCUACGCCCUUGGUGGUCUGUGCAUUUUACUUAUGAAAUCAGACUACUCGGGUCUAACUCCAGUCCAAGUGCUCGUUGUGCGAUUCGGCGGCUUCCAGUCUCAGACUCCGUCAUCCUGGUCUGCAGGACUUUCUGAGAUCCUGAGUUUCGGUCCCGGCUCCUGCCUUUGGAGGAGACUCAGCUCCGGCUCCGCCAGGGCCCGUACAGGUGGUCUGCGACCCCGCGCCCACGACCCAGUCUUCCGAGUGCUCGGCCUGCCUUCAGGUCCCCCCGCGGACCGGAACGUCGGGACCUCUCCAUCCACAAAGCCAGCAUCCUGAAGAUCACUCUGGGAAAAGGGAAGGAUGCCGCUCUUCUUCCGGAAGCGAAAACCCCGCGGGGAGUCUCGGAAACGCCUUGAGUACCAGAUGUGUCUGGCAAAAGAAGCCGGUGCAGAUGGCAUUCUUGACAUCUCUAAAUGUGAGCUCUCCGAGAUUCCAUUUGAGGCUUUUGUAGCAUGCAAAGUCCUACAGAAAAAGGUGUUGAUUGUCCAUACGAAUCACCUCACUUCCCUGCUUCCUAAAUCCUGCAGCCUCGUGAGUCUUGCGACCAUCAAGGCCUUUGUGUUAUCAGCACCACUCUCUCCAAAGUGAGCCAUGGGCUGCCCCUUAUUCUUGCCUUUCAAACAAGGAAACUGAGGCUAGGAAGGUGCACUGCUUUGAAAGUGAGAGUUCUUUGACUCUUGAGCCCUUGCUCUCUUCCGCUGUCUCCCUCACAGAGCCAGGCUGAGUACCUUGUGUUAGUUGGAUCUGGCUGCUGUUUCAUGUUAUACUAAUGCGUAAGCUCUAUGAGCUUCUAUCUGUGUUUUUUCGGUCAUCUUUUUUCCCCUGAAGUUUCUUGCUUCUCAGCCUGGAAUAGAAAAACCAAGGGCUGUUUAAAACAUUUUUCCAAAUUGGCAGCAUUAGAGCCACCCAUGAUUUGACAAGAGUCACGAAUCUGAGGAGUGAAUGAAGAGACGGCAAGAGAUGGACCCUAGGAAUCAGGCUGAUGGCUCUUUGCUUAUAAAAAUGGGCUCUUUUGGCAACAGCAUCUGCUUACAAAGUCCAGGACGUGAAAUCUGCACACUCCUGGGGAGGGAGCCCACCAACCAGAGGCCAGGAACGGGUUUGUCCAUGGCUCAGAGGGCUGUCUGGCACUCUGGGCUCACUGGAGCAUCCUGUGUACAUAAGCUUCUCCAUGUGCCCGACCGAGCUAUAAAGGAAACAGUCUAACUGCGGCAGUUUGCCCAUGAAGUGUGAGGCAUUCAGCCGCUGCAAACACCAAGUGCCUACUGCCUAGAGGAGGUCAUGUCCAUUGGGGAAGGAGCGAAGUAAACAUGUGAUCACAAGGCAGUGAUAAGUGCUGUGAGGACUUUAUACUCAACCCUGUGUGGGCCAGGAAGGUGGGUCUGUGGGUCCUGGAGUUGGACCCAGGAGAGGGAGCCCAGGUGUCAGUUGAUAGUGGUUCUCUGACCUUGGGGCAUUCACUUCAUUGCUGUGAGCCUCAGUUCCCCCAUUCACACAGCAUUGAUACUGUGGACACUUCUGAGGCCAGGCAGCAGGACUGUGUACUAGCCUGUCCUCCACCUUCCUGACAUCCAGAGCUGGAUGGAGACAGAAUGACUGUUGCCGUGGGUCUGGUGGGCUCGAGUUCACGCCCAGGGAUGGGGUGGCCUCAGCUCGUGAUCCCGUGGGGGCCUCCUGCCAUUUUCCCUCGUCCCUGCGUGGCCUUUCCACUCUCUCUGCAGGAGGUCCUCAGGCCUUACUGACCCUUCUGUCUCUCCUCUGCCUUCUGUAUCUGCAGUGUCCUUUUCACCUUGUUCUAUGUCCCUGAAACCAAAGGAAGGACUUUGGAACAAAUCACAGCGCAUUUUGAGGGAUGAUGAUAUCCCUUUUGUGUGAGUGGCUGUCCCUCCUAGCUGGGCCAGCUUUGGACUUCAGGGGUAAUGGAGCUGGCCUUUGGCUCUGAGCUGAGCCUGAGCCUGGGGCCCCUGACAGUCCAGGCCCUAGGGAAGUCGGGAUCCAGGAGCACAGUCACUGGGAGCCUUGGCCUCCUGGUCCCUCUUUCGUGUCCAGCUCACAGCAGCCUAUACCCAGAGCUGUCAGUAUCACCAGCCUCCGGGUCCAGUUCCUGCUGCUGCUGUGGAGACUCAGGACCAUCUGGCAGAAGCCCUGUGGUCAGCCCUCCCCACGCCACCUCCUUCGUGACACUAAAGCAGCAGGGGUUGGGGGUCUCUUCUUGGCUCCUCAUUUCCUGGCUGGAGAUGCUUUUGGAGGCUGGGUUCUUGGAACCUGGUUGCUCCUCUCCAGUGGCUGCAUUAUCAGGAAGGAACUUUGUCAAAUAAAGAUUUGACUCAGAAAAUCAGGUCAUGACCUCUCUGUGUGAGUCCAGUUUGAGAAGGGUGUAUUCCGUCCUUGUUAAACCAGACCUCUUGGGCCUGCCCAGAACAUCCUAUGCCUUCCUUCUGCUCAGCCAAGCUUGCACUUAGCAUGUGGAGGUCAUUUCUAUCUCUUUCCUUGGGCUCAGGGCCCUGGGUCAUUAGCCAUCAAAUCUUGUUGGGUUUCAAAAAAACACAAAAAGCCUCUUUUUCUGCUGACUUUAAUGGAGCCAGAAGUUUUGUAUAAAUUACUUAUUAUUAUCUAUGUUUAUUGUAUGAAAAUUAGAAAAAAGAUUUAUUUAACAUAACAAAUUAUUUUUAAAGCAGCUUAACCAUCUGUCCUAACUACAUUUUAAAUAUUAGCUCAUUUAUUUGGAUAAAUAAUAAAAUUAUUCACAGCCACCCCUUCCCAGAAAUAACUGUAAAGAUUUUCGUUCCAUCUUGAAAGAUCUGCAACACACAUCUCUGUCUAGUGUCACUGAACAGAAGGGACGAGUCUUCCCAUUUCGAAUCUCCCCUGUCGUCUUCCAGACCGUGCGGUUCCCGUAUGCUUCCACCUUGACAUUCCCCAUUAAGUCAUGUAAUGAGGCCACUUCAUCAAAGAGAGAAGAAAGAAUUGCAGUAUGGGCCAGAGGGGUGGAGAUGGCAGGACUCCAGGGUCAGUUUCCAGUAGAUCCUGCAGCACCUGCUCUCAUUUCAGUAAAAUGUGUGAAACCAGGCACAGGACCCUGGAUGGCUUUCAGCUGCCGCAAACUCCAAAUUCCCUGGGGCCUUCCAGAAGUGGGGCCACAUCCGUGUGCAGGAGCAUCUUCCAUCUCAGUAACCACAUGUCUGCAUUCACAUUCCUGAUGCCUGCGCAGCGGUCCCUUUGUUGGGCUGAGAACCGUAAUGUGUCUCCCUGCGGUAAUAGUAGUAGUAGCGAAUUUUCAAACACUUUUUUUCUUCUCUCCAGACUUGUUAUAAAAGUUAUGUUUAUAUGUGCUUAUUGUAAACCAUUUAACAACAAAAGUACAGUAAAAAUUGAAAGUGUUCCAGUGCUCCCUAAGCCCACUCCCUAAAGUGGAGGCACUUUAAUGACGUGCUGUGCGUUUCCGACUUCCCCAUGCACACAUUUCAUCUGAAACCUGGGGUUUUUCAUCUCACAGUAUAUCUCGAGCACCUUUCCGUGUUCACGCAUACAGAUCUACUGCCGAGUAAAGGUUGCCAAAGAAAAAUUUGACCCAGAAAAUCAAAGGCUGAGACUUCUUUUGUUUGGGCUCCCAAAAGGCAGGGUGGAUUCCAAGUACUCCCCAAUUUUUAUAAGAAUUUAGGUUUACCAACAACAACAAAAAACAUUAGAAACAUUAUGUGACAGACACAUGGGAACUUGUUCUUUUACUGCUUUACUUUCACACUGCAGCCCCUGAUUUUCUAUUCUCUUUCUGGAACUUCUAGUAGAUAUCAUACAUCCUUGUCUUUUCUCUCUUAAUUUUUCACUCAUAUAGUCUAUCUUCUAGUGUCUUUGCUUUGUGUUGUAGGAAUUUUUUUUUUUUUUUACCUCUGGCUCUUCUACCCAAUGUUCUGUUUUGUCCACUAUGUUUUAAAAUAAUUUUGAUCCUUUUAUUGAGACCUGUACUAUGGCCCAGAACAUGGUCUAUCUUGGUGAAUGUUCCAUGUGCACUUGAAAAGAAUGUGUAUUCUGCUGUUGUUGGGUGGAGUGUUCUAUAAUGUCAGUGAGGUCAAGUUGUUUAACAGUGUAGUUCAGAUCUUCUAUGUUAUAAAGGGUUCUCCAGAGAAACAAAACCACUGGGGGGUGUUGGUGUGUGUAGAGAGAGAGAUAUAUACACAUGAACAGAUUUGUUAUAAGAAAUUAUGUUAAGGCCGGCCCGUGGCUCACUCGGUAGAGUGCGGUGCUGAUAACACCAAGGCCACGGGUUCGGAUCCUAUAUAGGGAUGGCCGGUUUGCUCACUGGCUGAGUGUGGUGCUGACAACACCAAGCCAAGGGGUGAGAUCCCCUUACCGGUCAUCUUUAAAAAAAAAAAAAAAAAAAAAAAAAAAAAAAAAAGAAAUUAUGUUAUAAGGACUUUCAGUUAUGGAGGCUGAGAAAUCCCAAGAUCUGCAGGGGAGUUGGCAAGCUGGAGUCACAGAACAGCUGAUGGUGUGAGUUCCGGUCUGAAGGCCAGCAGGCUAUGACACAAGACGAGCAGAUGUUUCGGUUUCAGUCUGAAGGCAGGAAAGACCGAUAUCCCAGCUUUAGGCAGUCAGGCAGGAGGACGUCCCCCUUACUUGCUGAUCAACAUUUCUGAUCUGUUCAGGCCUUCAAUGGAUUGGACGAGGCCUACCACAUUGAGGAGGGCAAUCUGCUUCACUCUGUCAAAUCUUAAUUUCAUCCAAAAACACCUUCACAGAAACACUCCGAAUAAUAUUUGACCAAAUAUUUGGGCACUCUGUAGCCCAGUCAAGUUGAAACAUAAUAUUAACCAUCAGGGCUGGUUGGUUAGCUCAGCUGGAUAGAGCAUGGUGCUGAUAACACUAAGGUCCAGGGUUCAAUUCCUGUACCAGUCACCUGCCAAAAGAAAACAAAAAACCAUCACAUCAAUCUCCUAACAGAUUUUCUGUCCCCUUUUCUUCCUGCUACUGAGAGGAGAAUGUUCAGAUCUCAACCUCUAAAUGUGCGUUUGUCAAGUUCUGCAUUCCUGGCAGGAUUCGCUUCAUGUACUUUGGGGUUCUGUCACUAGGUGUCUACUCAUUGACGAUUGUUGCAUUCUCCUGACUGCUUUGUCCUUUAUUAUUAAGAAAUGACUGUUUAGCUUAGUUGAUCAGGGUAAAGCCUUAUAACCCCAAGGUCAUGUGUUCAGAUCCCUGUACUAGCCAGCAGCCAGAAAAGAAAAAAUAAAUGAUAUAGGACAGAGCCAACCAUUUAGCUCAGUUCUUUAGAGCAUGAUGCUGAUAACACCAAGGUGCAGGGUUCCAUCCCUAUACCACCCAGCUGCCAAAAAAAAAAAAAAAAUGACAAUUUCAUCACCCCACAAAGUUUCCUCAUGUCCCUUUGCAGUCAUCCUCUUCCCUACCACUAUGCCCUGGAUACCAGUGGUCUAUGUACUAUCUCUGUACUUCUGCUUUUUACAGAAUUUAAUAAAAAUGCAAUCAUGUGCUUUGUA